AUAAAUAAAUGAAAAAUGAAUUGUAAUUAUAACCGUAAAGAUAUUAAAUAUCCUAGUUUUGGUAUUCCUCAAAAUUAUAUUUUCAAAUAUGGAAUCAAAUAGUUCAGAAGAUGAUAUUAUACCAAAUGGAAUUCCUGCCAAAAAAACUAAAGGUAGAGUUAAAAUUAAGAUGGAAUUUAUAGAUAAUAAACUGAGGCGUUAUACAACCUUCAGUAAAAGAAAGACUGGAAUUAUGAAAAAGGCCUAUGAGCUAUCCACUCUAACAGGUACACAAGUUAUGUUGCUCGUAGCCAGCGAGACUGGCCACGUUUACACAUUUGCAACCCGCAAAUUGCAACCCAUGAUAACUAGUGAGAGCGGGAAGGCUCUUAUACAAACCUGCCUCAAUUCACCUGACAAUCCUCCUCCUUUAACAUUUACCCAUACAGUAUCUUCAAAUUCGAAUGUUUUAAUAGAGAACGAUAUUCCCUUACUUCAUACUAUUGGACCGAACCAUGGAAAUAACAUGUUUACAAAUAAUUCUAACGAUGAUUUACAUAUUAAAAUAGAUGAAAAUAACGACAGAGAAUCAAAAAUCGAACGGGAAAUGGUUGAGUUGGAAAAGAAUAAUGAAAAUAAUAAUAAUAACGUGUUGACUUCCAGAAUACCUUCUACCACGAUGGACACGCAAUUAUAUAUAGCGCACCUCAAUCACAUAUCCACUAAUAAUGUUCCUACUACUACCACUAAUAAUAAUAAUAUUAUUUACCCUCGUUUUCGAAACUUAAACCAAAACGAUAUCGGAAUGAACCAAAAUGACAAAAUGUUAUUAGGCGGGAAGGAGGAAGAAAACAACGAUCCUCGAAUGUGCGAGGAGGGAUAUGAGGAAACGGAAUUACAUUAUUACGCAGACGAAGCGGACUAUUCUGGACCGCUAUACCUGGCAGACGAUAUUAACGAUGAAUUUGAACAAGAAGAAGAAGAUGAGGAAGAAGAAGAUGAAGCAGACGAUAUGUAUGGAGAUUAUGAGGAAGAUAUGGGAAUCCACCUGAAAGGACUGAACGACGUAGAUGGUGUUAUAUCUCGUAGAUAUUUUUCUAUCAAUCAUCCCAAAACUGGAUAUAUAAAAAAUAGCGAUAACUCAAAUAUAUCAUUAAGCAUGAAUUCUAACUCUGGCAAUAAUAUAACGAAAAGUCCUAAACGGUUUAAAAAUACCGAUUACCACCCUAAUAAUUUCAUCCAAACUAUUAAAAACCAACGCAAUAAAGUCAACGAUACUUUCUACAACGAAGACCUUCGACAAGCCAAGUUUUUUGGACGCGGAAAUUUGCAACAAGUUCAACAAUCGCAAAUCAACAAAAAUCACAAGAGAAUAAAGAUAUCGCGUUCCAUAAUCCCCAACAGAUUUCUAACAAAUUCCGACGAUAAAUCUAAACUCAAAUUCAAGAAUUCUCACGACCAAAAUUUAUUCGCUCGCGAACACUUAUUGGACUCCAGAGAAUCGCUCUUAUCCGAUUUAGGCAUUUCUUUCAAUAGUAAUACUAACGAUUCACACCUCAACUUAAAUAAUAUUACGCCUUUUGACGCUCGUAUGGAAGACGCUCUCUCUGGUGCUAUUAAAGGUUCCAAUAACCACAAAUACAACUCAGACAGCACAACCUUAAAUAAUCGCCUAGACAUUUCCCACAAUAAUUAUCGACGGGAAGCCUUAAAUAAUAACCACGAUGAAUCUACUAAUAAAACUCGCCUAAAUAAUCAAAGAAAGGAUUCCAAUAUAAAUAUCCACCUAAAAAGAAACGAUUCUUCUCUAAAUCAAAGAAGUCUAAUAACUUCCAAUAACAAUUAUCCUACAAGAAAUCCGAAUAAUGGGUUUAAUUUAAGAGCAGAUGAAAAGGAUUUGGUUGACAAGUAUGAAAUCAUGCCUCUCAAAACUGUUAAAAAUGGGUUUAAUGCCUCGCCUUUCCGAAAUUCCGCCCCUCUAAAUCACUCUUCACCUCCACAGGCCAUUCACAAGGAAUAUAUUUCUAAAAACAAUUGCCAUAAUUUUUCUCACGAAAAAGCGAGUAUUUUUAUAUCAUCUCAUAAUAAUUCGUCGAUUCUCAAAGCAUCUCUCGUCUCCGAUUCCGAUGCAGGCCAACAAACUACCAAACAUAAGAUCGCUGUGACGGCUUUAGGAAAAAGUUGAUUGUGACCAAUCCUAGCAGUUAUAUUGUGUCAAAUCGCACUAGCUUUAUCAACAUCAAAUAAUACACACAAUUGAUGAAAUAUGCAAUCAUUAGAAACAUUCUUUUCUUAGAUAAAUUCCUUAACAAAUAAUCACAAGAUCAAGCAUAAUAUAUACAUAUCCUUAAAAUACUUGUUUUUAAAUUUUUUAAGAUGCGUUUAUUGAUAGCUUAUAUAUUUUCAUAGUGUAAUAUAUUUAUUUGUUUGAACAAUAUAUAAAUACUUAACUACAAAUAUGGCUCUUCCAUUCUCCACGAUCAAUUUACUCAUUUGAUUUUGAUUCAAUUUGUAAUA